AUGGUUGUUGAAAAAGCUACAUUUGCAGCAGGAUGUUUUUGGAGUGUUGAAUUAGUCUUUCAGAGAAUGGUUGGUGUAUUAUCGACAAGAGUGGGCUAUACAAACGGUGUAAAGUUGAACCCAACCUACAAAGAGGUAUGCACUGGAACCACCGGCCACGCAGAGGCAGUCGAGUUGGAGUUUGACCCAGCACAAGUGUCAUACGGUCAGUUGUUGGACGUCUUCUGGAAGAAACAUGACCCAACUACUUUGAACCGUCAGGGAGGUGACCAAGGAACUCAAUACCGUUCCGGUAUCUACUACCACAACGAUCGACAACAUACAGAGGCAGAGGAAAGCAAGAAGCAAGAGCAAUUGAAAUACAAGCAACCAAUCGUAACAGAGAUAUUGCCUGCUGGUGUAUUCUACCCAGCUGAAGAAUACCAUCAACAAUAUUUACAGAAAGGCGGACAGUGUAGUUCCAAAGGGUGCACAGAUAAGAUUCGUUGCUAUGGUUAA